GACAGUGCGCGGUGACAGUGCGACAGGUCGGAAGAAGCGAGAGAACAAGAGGAAGACGGCGAAACGCGACGGAGGGUGAAGUAAACACACGGGAAGUGCGAGUGAGGCCGAGAAAAAGAAAGGAAGUGCGACGCAGGAAGAGUGCGAAGCGGGAAGAAAGAGAGAAAAAAAAAGGAAAGGGACAACUGUCCUCGGCGCGUGCGUCGCGCGACGUGAGGAGUAUGCUGCGGAGUAACGUAGUUGUUAGACGAGUUUCACGGAUCGAUCGAUCGGCCGAUCGAAUUUUCUAAAUAGGAUACGCGCCGCCGAUAACCGCGUGUGUUUACAUAUGUGUACGGGCGUGCGCGUGUGCGUGACUGCCGCCGCGCACGGAAUCGUCGUCGACGGAAUCGUCGUACUCGCCCGGCCAGGCCGGGCCGGUGAAUCGCCGCGCCGCGCCGGUGGAUCGACCGCCGACCGCCGCGGGAAACUUCAGAUCCGGUUCGCUUUCCACGGCUGACGUCAUUACCGUUCACAAUGCGCUAGGGGUGAUGGAGACAGUGGGCAAGCAAGUUCAGGUAGUGAGUGGACUGGGGGUGGGAGGUCCGGUGGGUCCUGUGGGGGGAGAUCUGCAUCACCAUCAUCAUCCUCACCCGCACGCCCAUCCUCCGCACUCGCACCCCCACCCCCAUGGUCACCCCCAUGGUUCCCAUGGCCACUCGCUCGUCGGCGCGACGUCGAACCCCGGCAGGGGUCAGGCCCAACCACCGACUUCGCAUAACCAGCACGUACCUGCGAGGUCCACUCCCGUGCAGCUGCACAGGCCGACGCAGAGCUAUGUCAACAUCAAGAGUAGCAGCCCGGUGUCUCCGAGAACGGUAGGAACGGGAGCGACGUACGUGCAGGGUGGCGCAGCGGCGUCCGGCGGCGGCGGCGGUAGCGGUGGUGGCGGCGGUGGUGGCGGUGGUGGCAGUGCUGGCAGUAGCGGCGGCAGCGGCGGUGCUUCCUACGUCGCCGUGCCGAUGCCCGGCGGUCUCCGGUACAUCCAUCCCUAUCCACCGACCUCGGUGUCGACGUCGGCGGUAGCGGCGGUCGUCACCACCGCGUCAUCGUCGCCGGCUGCAUCCGUACCCGUACCCGCGCCCGCUACCGCACCCUCUGCGAACCAACAAACUGUCAUCGCCAGCCAAACGCCGCCGCCGCCGCUCACCGGGACUGCCUAUUCUUCGAGAGACGCGUAUCGCGCCGGCACCACGAAUGUUAACGAGAGAAUCGCUAUCAGCGCGAGUAGCAGUCCUCUAUCACAGGUCGGUAGUGUUGCCGGAGUCGGUGUAGUGGCUGCAGCCGAGUACAGCACUAUGGGAGCCAACGGCAGAGCCCCCGAUCGACCGAAAAUAUCUCUCUUACCGCACCAUGGCUCGACAGUGACGGCGGCACCGUCACCCACCGCCGCUGCUGUCGCAUCGGAUUAUCAGCAGCAUGUGACGGUGGUGACGGCAAGGAACAACCCGUCGCGGGUAGGCCUCACGCUCGUCCAACCGGAACUGUAUUGCAGUCGCACCGCCGUCGAUAUGGCCAGUCUGCAGCAGGAUGCGCCACCUUUCAAGAAGAUCCGUUUGGGCCAGCCGCAUCAGCAGGUGCAACAGUUGCAAUCGCAACCACAGUCGCGUUGUCAAAGCUUGUCGCCCGCGGAUCCCUGCGGCGGCAAGCAGGAACAGCAACACGUCGUGCAGUUGCAACAACCACUCAGGAUAGACACCAGGCCUGCCGUGGGUGCGUACACGCCGCAAACGGAAGCUAUUUCGCCUACACUUCCAGAACCCAAUACGCAGGAGGAUGCGCAGUUUAAAAGUACCAAGGACGAUCUUUUGCAACAAAUUGCUAAGGUUGAUAGAGAAAUUGCUAAAAGAGAGAGUCAGUUGAACAUGUUGCGGAAAAGAACGAAAGAAUUGGAAGAAACAGCGAGUAAGCCUCUGGAAGCGGGUCUCAAACGUAACGUUGAGGAACAGUUGCAACCAAAGCAUCAAUCAAUGGCGCAAAAAAUUUAUGCUGAAAACAGGCGAAAAGCAGAGGAAGCUCACAGACUUUUGGAAAGAUUGGGCUCCAAAGUGGAACUACCUUUGUACAAUCAACCGUCGGAUACGAGUAUAUACCAGGAGAAUCGAACGCGGCAUCAGGCGUGUAUGCGAGCGAGACUCAUAGCGUGGCUUCGGAGACAACACUCCGAUCGCUCAUCCAUCCAUCGGCAACAAUCGCAAACGUAUGCCAUUUUGGUGCAGGAAUGGCAUCGUAAGGUUGAACGGUUGGAGGGAACGCAGAAAAGAAAAUCGAAGGACACGAAGAAUCGUGAGUUCUUCGAGAAGGUGUUCCCGGAGUUACGAAAACAGAGAGAAGACAAAGAGCGUUUCAACAGAGUUGGUGCUCGCAUCAAGAGUGAAGCCGAUCUAGAAGAGAUAAUGGACGGUCUACAAGAACAAGAGGAAGAAACAUUGCAAGAUUUAAAAAAUUUCAUUAAAGCCCGUCAGAUGGAGGAUAAGAAGAUGCGUUCGUAUGCAGUCAUACCGCCUCUCUUAUUAGACGCGAAGCAACGAAGGAUUGCGUUUCAGAAUCGGAAUGGAUUACUGCAACCGGAGGAAUUAGAAGCUCUGCAUAGUGAACGUAAACUGAUCAACGUGUGGAGUUCUGUAGAACACGAGUCGUUCAAGGAAAAAUACCUUCAGCACCCUAAAAAUUUCGGAGUGAUAGCUCAAUCGUUAGAACAUAAGUCCGUUCCAGAUUGUGUACAUCACUACUACCUCACUAAGAAAGCGGAAAAUUAUAAGCAACUUUUAAGAAAAUCGCGCCAGCGGACCCGUAGCUCUCGAAAUAAUCCGAAUAAUAAAGUAAAUAAUACCAACUCGACUAUCGGACCCAUAGAUAUUUUAACGACAGGAGUAACGACGAGAUUGCAGCGGGAGCAGCAACAAAAGACUCAAGAGAAUCCUCAGAAUAGUUCGGCGGCGAGUACGUCUACGUCCACAACGAGCACCACGGUUACAUCGAGCGUGCCGUCGACAACUGUUACUACUACAACGGUGACGACGACGACGACUUCCAUGAGCUCGAUAACGUCGGGCGUAACGGAUUCUAUAACCGCAUCAACGACAACGACAACGACAUCUGUCCUGAACACCACCGCGACGUUAAGCGUCGCGGCGACGUCAACGACGUCGAGCACGAAGGAUUCCAGAGAAGCGAGCAAGGAGAACAAAGAGAAUAAGGGCGAUUCGAAGGAGACUCAGGCGAAAGAUUCGAAGGAAGAGUCGCAAUCGGAGACGGCGUCGGGGAAGGAUGUUGUGAAAGUAAUAAUGGAAGGAAAAGGCGCACUGUCUUCGUCCUCGGCCUCGUCGUUGAACAUUAACGCGACGAACGUUUCAACCAUCCAGUCAGACUUCAAGGAAUCCAGCAAGAAGAAGCCGGGUUGCAGGGACACGGGGAGCAGCGGCGCUAACGUGGGAGCUAGCGGCAGAAUAAAGGAUAAGAAGAAGGAGAAUCACACCCCUAUGGAGACCAGCGACGAGGAGGCACCGUCGAUCGACGUCAUCGAGGGCGGCAGGCAAAUAGGACCCCACGCUUGCACGGUGUGCCAGAGCAUCGUCGAGGGGAGCACGCAGAGUCGCACGUUGCCGCGCAGUCAGGCAUCGCAGUACGGUUUGCGGGAAGAUCAAGUGCCGCCCGGUGCACGUGUCUGCAAUACCUGUCGGUGUAAAGCCCUUCGAGGACGUUAUACCGUCUGUCCAUUGCCCGGCUGCUCGAAUCUCGGCAAGUCCCGCGUGAAACGGCUGAGAGCAUUACCUUCCAAGUGGCUUGAUCUGCCGCCGGAAAUUCGGGAGCCGAUUGCUCAGGAAUUCCAGAUACCAAAUAGUGCGACAAAAUGCUGCUCGGCCUGCUUCAGCCGCAUAUCGCGCCGUAUGGCGCCGUAUCUCGCCGGCGGUACAGAAGUAUCCGAGGAUGGCGCCGACACGUUAUCACGCCAGUGGACGGACGAGGAGCUGGAACAGCUUCGCAAAGCGCUUCGAGAACACGGUCCUAAUUGGUCGAAGGUCGCCGAGCAGAUACCCGGCAAGACGAAUCAUCAAUGCAAAAACUACUAUUUUGCUUAUCGGAAGAAGCUGAGUCUCGAUCAGAUUGUGGCCGAAUAUUAUGCAUCGUUAGGCGAAGAACGAAGACCAUGCUUGACUGACGAGGAGGAAAGUAGUACUGGAAGCAGUACCAGUAGCUGCGACGAGUUAGCUGGUCACGAUUCGAGCGACACGGCGAGUGCAAGUAGCCCGGCUACCACCAUGACGGGUAAUAAUUCAGCGAGUGGUUCCACAGCGGUAUCUUCACUACCGAUAUCCUUCCAACGAUCCACCGAGCAGAAAAUCGGCGAGAAACUAUCAGACAUAGCCGUGGUGUCACUCGUACCACCUGGAUCGUCUCAUCAGUCUUCCAGCAGUGGAGGUGCCGCUGCAGCGUCUAGUGGUGCUCGUGAAGAUUAUGAUAGUUCAGCCACGGAGACAGCGGACGAAGGUCAAGGAGGCACCGACUUGGAUAAUGGCGGCGUUGUGGUGACUCUGACAACCGCCAGUAACAACACGACAUCAUUGCAGCAAUCGAAUCAACAGCAAAAUCAGCAUCAGCAACCACCGCCGACCAUGCAUUCGCCACCGUCGACAACGAACAAUUCCAAUCCGCUCACUGUUAAGGAUCUUAUGCUUGGCGUUAUUGAAAUGCAGUUGAAGCGAACUCCCAACAGUCCGGCCGACGGCGGUGGUUCCUCCGCACCCAAUAGCUCUAGCACACCAACGAUAUCUAGUAUUCUGAAGACAGAUCAUCGAAACGACAUAACGUAUGUUCGUAGUUACAAAUCAUCCUCGAGUAUGUCGAACACCGCAUUGUCCAAUAGAGAUUCGAAUCUAGCAACGUUGUCCGUUGUGUCGGGACCUCAUCAUGGCCAUCGCUCUGCACCUAGUCCUCAGCAAAUCGGUCAAAUGCAAGCCACCAUUACUCCAUGCCCGCCUACUGUACCCAGCAGUCAGGCUUCUUCUUCGGAUAUGCUGCCGAAGGAAGGCCUGGUUGUCAUGCAAGUUCAGCAGGCUCUACGAGAAACGGAAGGAACGUUAGAUCUGAGUAUCAAGAAACCUCGAUUACAACAGGACUACAAUCACUCGAUGCCACUUCACAAGCAUUCGACGGUUCAACUUUACCGAUCGGGCGUGGUGGAACCACCACCGGGCACGUAUUACCAUCCUCACGCACCACAUUCCGAGCAAGGACGUGGCGCAAAGAGCCCGCUUGUUUACGCUUCCUCUCCGCGACCACAGGCGCCGCCGAUCACUCCUAAAAUGAACAAGGUGACCGUACCGCCGCCUCAUCCCAAGCUGUCGCCAAAAUUGAGCAGCAUGGGCACGCCGGGACACAAAGGUGGCUCGAUCACGCACGGCACGCCCGUGUCGACGACGCGUUACGAAGGUUUGCUGCGGAUGACACCUCCCGGUAAUCCAGUAGUUAGCGGCGUCGCCAACACUGGCGAGCGUGCCGGCGGUGCUGUCAACGCCGGUUCCACCGGUCCCGUGGCGCCUAAGGAAACGGGUGGCUCGAUCACUCAGGGCACACCGGUGCAUCCGUUCACGGUGGACAAACGCGGCGCACCCAUGUACGACUAUCAUCGCACCAUACGACAUUCACCCGUCACUGGUACGGGCAGUGUGCCGCCGCAGCCAUCGCCGGGACAGGGUCCCGCGAAUCAAUCCGCAUCGCCGGCUGUAGUGGUCAGCCAUGGCAGCAGUCAGUACAAUUCGUAUACGACUGCUGGACGACCGCCACCAAGCUACACGAUGGAACAGCAAUUGUCCAGUCGGCAGAUUAUCAUGAAUGAUUACAUUACUAGCCAGCAGAUGCACGCGCGAGCUCGUAGCGGUAGUGCCGGCGCGUCUGCCACCGGCGAGACGACCGGCAAAAGCGAACCGCUGCCGCCGCAGUCGUCGACUCUCUAUUACGCCAGCACUCCACCCCCGCCGCAAACGCACACUCAGCCACGACAGGGCGUCAUCCAGAGGCACAAUCCGCAAAAACAGAUGCAUUAUCCGCCACCGCCACCCGGCUUGGAGGCGUUUUCGAGUCUGGUGGACGUGGCGGUGCAACAACCCAGUCUUCCGGUGCCGCAUCCGCACGGCCAUCCGGCUGCAUCUGGCAGCGGUGGCCAUGAGGGUCUCGGCAAGACGAUGGCGGAUCGCCUGAUGGCCGCCGAUCGUUGCUACGACAAUCGGCCGUUUCGCGAGCAAGAGAUACGAUUGCAGGAGCAGCAUCGCAUGGCGAUGCAGACCGAACAUAGACUGGCGGUUGCGGCGGCGCAUCAUCAGCGCGAUCGUGAUCGGGAGCGCGAUCUUGUUCACAUGCGCGAGAAGGAGGACCGUAUGCAUCGCGAGAAGGAACUGCAGCAAUUGGAGCAUCGUCUCGCGGUGCAGCAGCAUCAGCAGCGCGAGAAGGAUCUGCAACAGCAGGAGCACCGUCUUGCGCAACAGCGAGAAAAGGACAUGCACAUCGAACACGCACGUAUGUCCGUGCAACAGGCGCGGGAGAAAGAGCACGAACAUCGCCUACUUCAGCAGCGUGAGAAGGAGAUUCAUCAACAGAUGGCGGCGGUCGCUGCGCAACGCGAGAAGGAGCACGAGCACCGUUUGGCGGUACAGCAACAGCGCGAGAAGGAGAUGCAACAGCAGGAACAGAGGGAGAGACUCGCUAUUCACCAGCAACGCGAGAAGGAAAUCCAACAGCACGCUGACCGUAUGGCUGUGCAGGCACACCGCGAGCGGGAUCUCGCGCAUCUUCAUCAGCAGCAGCAGCAGCAGCAGCAGCAACAGCAGCAGCAGCAGCAUAUCCAGCAGCAUAUUCAACAGCAGCAGCGCAUAGAAGCUGAGAGAAGACACAUCGCGCAAAUGUACAGAGACCAACAGCAGCUCGAUAGAGAUUCGUCGAGGCUGCUGAGCGGAUUCUCGCAGUCCUCCAGGCUUCAGCAAUCCCAGCAGCAGCAACAACAGCAAUCGUCGUCGCGUCAGAGCCAGUCGUCCGGUCAACAGCAGAACGACACGUCGACUCUCACAGCUGCUAGUUUGAUAGAUGCAAUUAUAACUCAUCAAAUCAAUCAGGGAUCAAACGAGAACUCUGGUGGAAGUGGAUCUUCCGCGAAUCAGCCGACACGUGCUGGCGAUCGUCUUUUUCAGGGAUUUCAUCGAGAAACUCCACAAGAACCUAACGGCAUAGCUCAUAGUCCCGCUGGCGAAGGGAGUGGCGGUGGCAGCGGUGCAAGCGGCAAUGGAAGCGGCGGUAGCAAAGCGAUCACUCUUGGCGAGCACGUUGAUCAUAUUGUGUCCAAGGAUUAUGGUCCACCUCAUUCGUCAUACAGGUCUUAUACUGGAUAUCAAAUGUCUGAUGAAAAUCAAUGGAAGAGGAGGAAACUUAAUGAAUCGGAGUCAGUGAAGACCGGUGACGAGCGUCAAAUAAUACGCGUCGCGCAGCAGACGCAACAGCAGACGCAGCAGCAGCAGCAGCAGCAGCAGCAACAGCAGCAGCAACAACAACAUCAAUCUUCAGGAAAGCAACAAUAUCACUCGGUCGAGCCGGUUUCGCCGCCGGAGGCGACAACUAAUCACUACGGACGUCGCUUCUAUGAAUCGAGCACUGCCACAUCCACUUCGGGAACCCCCUCCAACAAGCCGCACCAGAUAUCGCCGUUCGAUUACGUGAAGAACAAGAUCGUCGAGGUGAUGCGCACCGAAGACGACAAAGCGGGCGGUGGCGGUGACGGCGGCGCGGGCACCGACAGAAAUGGAGGCGGUAACUCCGUUGCGACCGAGAAGGAUGAGAAAGGCUCGGGGGCGGGUAACGUGGAGAGAAGCCCAUCCGGCGGUGGCGGUGGCGGCAGUAGCAGCAACAGCGGCGGCGGCGGCGGUGGUGGCGGUGGCGGUGCCGGCGAGAUGGUUGACGACACGGGCGGAUCGAAUUCGACCCGUGAGCAACCACCCCCGCCGCCUACACCCGCGGCCACCACCACCUUCUAUCCGUUCAGUGCGCUAGGGGUGCACACGGGGCCGCCACCGGCACCGCCACCCACCGCGACCGCGUCCGCGUCCGUGACAAAAACAGAACAAAUGCAAGCCGAGCCGGCGCCGCUGCUCUCCGCGCAAUACGAACCUCUUUCCGACGAGGACUGAUAGUCUUUUAUUUCCGCUCAGCGUUGUGAUUAUUGGUACGCUGGUGCGACAUACUCUACUAACGGGGUUCUCUAGUGCGAACAACCAUAUGGCUAUGGCGGAUACGGAGAGGGAGAGGAAAGGAGAGGGAGAGAGAGAGAGAAAGAGAUGAUGCUGUGACAUACACAUACACAUACAUACACACACGUUUCUUAGGAAUAUUCACGUCAUGGUCAUCGAUUGUACGAUGAUUGGUUAUAUGGACGAUUUAUCAACGCUUCGUGGGCACUAGAAAAGCCAGAUUGCGUUUUUAUCAGUCGCCAAAUCUAAUUUAAGAAGUUUCUUUUUUUAUAUAUAUAUGCAUAUAUUGAUAUAUUAUAUAUACAUAAUAUAUGUUAUAUACAUACUAUAUGUUAUAUAUAAUAUAUGCAAAUGCACAUAUAAAUAUGUAGAUAUAUAUAUACAAAUUCGAAAACUUGCAAUCUCCAACGGAGAUUACAAACAUGAUGUUUUAAAUCAAGUCCCAUGCAUAUUGUUUUACGAACUCUUUGUAAUUUCAUUUUAUUUUUAGUCAAAGAUCAUUCCCGCGUUACGCAAGGAGAGAGGUGGACAUUUACAAGACGAAUUUAUUUGAUUUUAUUUGCCUGGUGUUGCGCCCGCUUUCAGUUAAGUACAUAGUGACGAAUAGUUUUAUCUACUAAUUAGUUAUUUGCGAUGUAUAAUUUAUAAUGUCGAUAUGAAUACUAAAGUUAUAUGUACAUGUAAAUAUAUUAUCAACGUGAACGAAACUGAUUUUGACUGCCGCGAUCUUAAUGGGCUCAUUUUAAAUUCCCGCGAAUAUCAUCAUAAAUAGUCGAAUUUUAGUUUUUGCGAAAAUUUACGAAACUGUGGCAGGAAAUCGAUAUAAUUGUCAAAAAUAACGUGGUAUUCUAUACAUAUUUUCCACACUUUUUAAGUUUUUCGAUACUCGCAGACGCGUACGUGUACGUUGGCGUUUCGUUUCGCAUAGCAAAAAAAUACGCGAGGCUUUCAACCGAGGCGAAUUAUUAUUUUUUACUUUGACUUGGGCUUGAUCAGUCCACGAAAAGACGCCGAUACGUGCGCAAGCAUUCGAUUUGUCGAACAUUUAGGGCUAUAUAUAUACAUGUAUAUCCCAUGUUCACAAUACACAGACGCUUCUUUUGUACAUAAAUGAAAAAAAGUGUAAUCGUUAAGCGAUAAUGCUAUAACGCUGAUGAGGGCGUGCGUGUUUUUAUUUGGAAUAAGUCUGUGAUGUAUCUGGAAAUUAAUAGGUUUAACUGUGUUAUAUACCAGUGCAAAGCGUAGCCUGUAGUUCGAGGAUGAGAGGGAACGAAAGAGCGGAGAGAGAUACGUCGAAUUUCUCGAAGAAAAAAAAAAGAAAACAAUGCCGUACAACGUAUUCUGGCACGCGCGAUGCGAGAUCGUAAAUCGAGAUAUUUUGACGACGAUAUUUUAAGCGUCAACUUUCAAGUGUCGUUGUCUUCUUCGGUGACGUAGAUUUAAGAAAAACAGAAAAAAAAUUGUAACGCUAAGUGUUGUACAUAGUACAUAAUAUUAAUUUUUAAGUUGAGCAAGUAAUAUGGCUAGAUUAUCCGUACACGCUAUUGUAUAAGGAGUUUAGGUUUAGCGAUAAAUCGACGUAGCUAGCAUUUAGGGGUUUAGACAGCCACGAACUGACUUUAGGGAAGAAGAGAAAAAAAAACUCUCCCGAACUACGUUCUCUUAUUAAUAAACGACGGCAAAACAAAUUAUACAGGCGAUUAAAUUGGUGGAAUUAUCAUCCGCAAAGCGAA